AUGAAUUAUUCAAUCUUGCAGUACAAAUAUAAUCCUAAUGUCAGUGCACUAAACACGGUAAACAAAAUCAAGAGAAAUGACUUUGAAAGGCUGCUAGAUAAUGAAGCUCCAAGAGUUUAUAACAAUAUCAGUUCACAAUCCAGUAAUUUAAGCAAUGUUAGUUUGAACAAUGUUAGCUGCUUGGAUAUUGAUAACACUGGUAAAUUUCUUCUAGCGGGUAUGAAUGACGGUUUAAUUAGUGCUUGGGCCUUCAAUGACAAACCUGGUGAACAGGGCGAGCUUAUAGAUAGGAAGCUCAAACAGAUAAAGAGGGAUACUGCCAGCGAUGACGAAGAGGAUGAAACCCACAGUACAGCGACAGCAGCACAGCAACGUGGAGUGGCGCAUCCUGUUCGCGAGGUACAUAGUUUCAAUGUCAACAGGAACAGGUAUCGAAUGUAUCGAAAAUCGAAUUCUCCUAUGAACUUGGAUGUCGACAGCGAGGUGAAGAGUGAGAAAAGUCACCGCUAUCGAAUCCACACCAUAAAGUGGUACGCCAAAGACAAUGGGCUGUUCUUCACGGGUUCCAACGAUUGCAAAUUCAAGAUGUGGGACACUGCGAGUGGGUUCGAGCCCAUUCAGAGCGUCGCUUUGUAUGAUAGUAAGAACGACCGGAAAGUGAAGAUCAACCAAAUCGACUGUAACCAUGGCUCUGGGUCAGAUGUAGUUGCACUUGCCACGGAGGAUCACUCGCCGCGAAUAGUGGACCUACGCAACAUGAACUAUGGCAUCACGUUUUCGUCCCGGGACCGCAAGAACGAGGAGAAGAGCGAGAUACUGUGUUGCAAAUUCAACCCCAGCGUCCAAAGACAGUGGUACUUCGCCACGGGUGAAGACAAUGGGUCAGUCAACAUCUGGGACUCGCGACAAGUGAGCCGUCCCUGGCGAGAGGUAACGAGCGCCGACACCGAUAGCAGACGCGCACACACCCGCAGCUGCAACGAUCUGAUCUGGAACUCUGAAGGCACCGAGCUGGUCACACUGGGGACCGACGGUAAGAUCAAAAAGUGGCAGCCGUUCGGCUCGAGCGCCACGUUGCCAGCACCGCAGCUGAUCGGAAGCGUCGACAGCAACAGGAACCGCCACAAGAAGAGAACCAGUGUACGGUUGCAGUGGCACACCGACACCUAUUUACUCGUGAACACCGACCACAACGAAGUCCACGUAUACGAAACACACACCGGCAAGCUAUACUCCAAAUUGAAGAAUCCGUUGCCCAGUCGCAGACAGAUAGACGCGACAGCGUUGCAAGCCAACAUCGCCAACGGUAUAGGCACCCGUAUCAUCCUAGGCACCUCCAACAGCAUAGUCGAGUACAUCUAA